UAUGUCAGCAUUUGUCAUUUUUAUCAAUUGUUCGUGAUAAGUCAGCAGUUUUUGAAAACACAAAAUUUAAUUAUAAUGUUAAAGUUUUAUUAAAAAUUGCAUUUCCAGAUGUUAUCUCGCCUAUAAUGUGAUUAAAUUAAUUAAAACAAUAAUUCUUUUCCAUAAUUGUGUAGAUAUUUAAAAUUUUUACUAUGUCCGAACCGAAUAAUCCAUUCGCUGGUCUUCUUGGAGUAUCAGAUGUUAAAACUGCCAACAGCGUCGAAUAUACGGAAAGCGCGACACAGUUACAAGGGUCAUCAAAUAAAUCACAAGGAGAUGAAGAAAAUGUGAUAAUAAACAAUAUAGUAGAAAGUGUUUUUCACUUCACAAUCAACCCUAAUGCUAUUGAUGGGUAUAUCUCAACAGAUAGGCAAUUAGUGUACCUUGAAGAACUCGCUGAAGCUACAAAACCUCGCAUAUACAUUGAUUUAGAAGCACUAGAACAAGCGCUUUUUGAAAGAUUACUUUUACCUGAUAUUGAAUCCUAUGUUAUACCUAAAACAAAUAAAACAUUUAGAGAACAUGUAAUUCAAAAACAAGUUUUUUCAUAUUUGUUUAGUUCUUUUCAAAAUCUACAGACUUAUGAUCAUAGUUCUUCAGAUGUUGUUAAAAAUGCUUUGCAAAAGAUGAAAGAACUUAUAUUUAGAAAUGCAGUAACAGCACUCAAGCAGCCAGCUUUAUUCGAAGGACAAGAUUUUUCAUCACAAUUAGUUGAACUUUUACAGCAUGUUGACCCACAGAGCCAAACAUUUUUUUUAGAUGUUGUUAAUGCAUUUGUUGCAGAUGGAGAUAAAGAGACCCAACAGCAACUUCGUGAUACUAUGAUACCUGUGUUACAGAGAAUUCACACAGAUGUCAACAAAUCUCACAUAAUCAAUCUGCCCAUUUACAUAUUGCCUUCAAUACAUCUUUUUGCAAGUAACACAAAUUUAGCACCUGUAUUAAUGGAAGUAUGUGAACCAAAAAUCGAAACAAAUGGCAGACUAUACCAAGAUUCUAUUAUUGGAGCAUUGCUUAGUCUCUCUGUUCUGCCAAAGACUCCAACAUCUCUUCAUGAGUUUUUUGAUAAUCCGUUAGAUCAGGCAGCUACAUCAUUAAUUGAAACAUCCAUUUGGAAUGCAUCUUCUCAUCUUGUAAACAAUAUGCACAAAAUAUUCUUGACUUUAUUGAAAGGUGGCCCUCACAUGAGGAAUCGCUUGUUAUCUUGGAUAGGAAAAUGUUUGAAGACAAAUGUGGCUAGAGGAAAACUAUGGAAUGUGCAGGCUAAUGAGCUAAAUCCAACCACAUUGAGCUGUGUGUCGGAUGGUUUUAUGUUAAACUUAGGUGCAGUGUUAUUACAGCUAUGUCAACCUUUUUGUACAACACCAGAAGAUCCUAAGUGUCUUAAAAUUGACCCAACAUAUGGAGCAGUACUUCCAGAAGAAAGUUUGGCUAAAUCAGUCCAUUUAGACUGCUUACAUAGUGAAACAUGUUUAUUGCCGGCAAGAGAAGGUGAUGACGGUCAACCAAUAAAAAGAUCAACAGCAGAUACAUAUAACUUUGUCACAGAAUGCUUUUUCAUGACUCAGAAAUGUAUUGACUUAGGAGUGCGAGUGUGCGCGGAGAAAUUGUACCGGUAUGGUCAGGAGUUGGGCCGCGCCCAGCGAGCCAUGGCCGACGUGGCUGCUAGCGCACACCACCUGCUGGAACCGAUGCGUCAGCGUGUACAAAGGCUUAUGAGCAAAUUCGUAAGCCUGCGCUGUGCACUUCUAGAGAAUGACAUGCUGACGAAUUUAAACCGGCUUCAAGCCACGACAUGUACUUGGCUGGUGCAAGUGGCAGUGCGGCCGGAUGCUCCCCAACCGCAGUCUACGUAUGCGCCUGUGGCUCUAGUGCCCCUCAACAUGCCUGUGACUACCCCACCGCCAGACACAUUGAGAUGUAUUCCAGAAUUCGUAUUAGAAAAUAUAGUAGUGCUGAUAACAAUGGCUCGUCGAACAGUUGGUGCGAUCACCGAAGAAGCCGACAUUGCGGGACUCUUGCGUCCUGCUCUCUCCCUCGUCCUAACUUUCAUGGGCGACUCUAGUCGAACAUACAAUCCGCACUUGAGAGCUAGGUUAGCCGAGUGUCUUGAAGCAAUGUUGCCCAACCAUCCUGAUGACCAACAACCACUCACCAGCUUAGCAUCUUUCUCCAGAGAACAAUUAUUCAAGGAACAUCCACAUCGAUUACAGUUGGUGCCUUGUCUACUAGACGUGUUCGUCGGCAUUGAAAUGACUGGUCAAAGUGUGCAAUUUGAACAAAAAUUCAACUAUCGUCGCCCUAUGUAUCUUGUUAUGGACUUUUUAUGGGGUUUAGAAGAGCAUAGAGAAGCUUUCACGCGGCUGGCCCGAGAAGCAGAGGCUAAUAUGGAGGCAGUUCACCCACCAAUCUUUCUACGUUUCGUUAACCUUCUAAUGAAUGACGCUAUAUUUCUUUUGGAUGAAGCACUCGGAAAUAUGGCCCAAAUACGCACCAUGCAGACAGCUCAAGAGUCUGGCGCUUGGACGAACUUACCCGCACAAGAACGCGAACAAAACUUGGGCAAUUUGUCACACAUAGGCAUGUUGGCGCGCUUUGACAACAUCCUUGGACGCGACACUAUCCGUACACUAGUGCGCCUGACCGCACAUGCGCCCUAUGUUUUCUGCCAUCCAACCCUGGUAGAACGCAUCGCUUCUAUGCUCAAUUAUUUCCUUUUACACUUGGUGGGCCCUAAUAAAAAAAACUUUAAGGUUAAAGACAUGAAAGAGUACGAAUUCGAUCCAGCGAGCACUGUUUUGGAUAUCUGCCGCAUGUAUGUAGAACUGGGCAAUAACGAGCGAUUCUGUGCAGCCGUCUCUGAUGACGGGCGUUCAUACUCCCCACAGCUGUUCACCUUGGCUGAAGCAGUGCUAGUUCGCAUUGGAGGCGGUAGUUUGAUUGGGUCACUACAAGACGUGGCCUCCCGGGUGAGCCAACUAGCUGAACAACGGCAGCGGGACGAGGAGAUAUUAGCAAACGCUCCCGAUGAGUUCCUUGACCCCAUCAUGAGCACGAUCAUGCUAGACCCCGUCAUCUUGCCUAGCUCACGCACCACUGUCGAUCGGACUACUAUUGCCAGACACCUUUUAAGUGACCAGUCAGAUCCAUUCAACCGAUCGCCACUUUCCAUGGACCAGGUGAAAUCCAACACCGAGUUGAAAGAAAAAAUCCAAGCAUGGAUUGCAGAAAAAAAGCAAAAAAUUGCUCAAAAUCAGACCAGUAAUGAUUAACACAGAUUAAGUUAAAUCAUUAAGCUUUGUAAUUUUAAAAGACUUUGUAUAUUGGAAGCAAAUUAGACAGCUAGGUUUAGUUUAAUUAAUUAUUAGAUUUCAUAAUGAUCGUAGUCUUAAAAUGUCAAUCCAAAUAUAGUAAACUAAUAAAUUUUUACAAAAGUAGUUUUUUAUGGGCACCAUAUAAGCAAACGCAAUUUUCUAUGGUAUUUUAUAAUAUUAUCAUGUCUACGUAAUACAGGAUAGUACUUGUGUCGGUCGUCGAAUUUGGACGGUCAAAACUUGACUUCAUAUAAUUUGUUACAAUUUGUCUAUGCCACAAUAAUUAUAAAUCGUGACUGUAUAGAGGGAAAAAUUUUAAUUUUCUAUUUCCUUAGUUAUGAUUUAUUAUUACAACUCGAACUAUACAGAUAUAUUGUAACAAUUUGACGUAAUAUAUAUGUAUAUAAAAGAGACAAAUAUUCGCGACACGAUUUGUCUUCUGCCUGUUAAAACGAUGAUAUUACAUGAUUCAUCUGUGAUUUAAUUUUAUGUUAAGUAAAGACAACUAUUGGAAGCUUGGGUUGCAUAUAUCGCACAUCAUUUAAUAUUACGUCAAAUAUAUCCCAUAGCAAAGAAAUGAUAUCUGUUUUUAUAGCUAUUUGCAUAAUAUUAAGUCAUUUAUGAGGAAAAAUGAGGAGCUUCUUAAUUUUAGAUUUUUAGAUUAUUAGUAUUUAAUCCUAUUGUUCCUGUAUUAAUUUUGUAACAAUUGAAAUUGUUUGUUAUUUUUCUUAAAAUAAUCCUCAAUUAUACUGACUUUCACUCUACAGACAGGAAUAACAAUUUUUCUCUCGUCUCAGUUGCAGUGUUGUGACGCCAUUGUCUUCGCUCCCUUAUAUCUUGGACAUUUAAUAUCCAGGUUGUCUAUGACCUACCUCAUCCUCUUAUUUUUACAAUUAUGGAUGGGCAUUUCUUUGCAAGGUGAUAUUAAUUUACCUCAGCCUGUACUGCAAUCUGUGCUAGGCACACUCGAUUUACCAGAGUUAAAAUUACACAGCAUAUUAUAUUUUAAGUAUUAUGCAAUCCAUUUAGCACUACAGAUUUCCUUUAUUAUAAUCGUCUAAUAAUUCCUAUAUUUCAUAUAUACUGUCUGAAAAUAGUACCGCGAAUAAUAAAAUAUAUGAUGUGGGUCUCUAUAUUAUAUUCUCUAGUAAACUAAAAUAUCAUUGUAUAUAUAACAAAUAUUUCGUCUUCAUCAAUGAUGACUGAUAUAACAAAACGCAUUGUUAUAAUACUAUUAGUACAUUAUAAUUCAGUGACAGUAAGUAUAUCUAAAUAGUCAUAUAUUCAUUCUAUAAUGUUUAUCCACAAAAUAUGUGGUGCAAUUUUUUAUAAUUGAAUGUUGAAUCACGUCAUAAAUUAAAGAUGUGCACGAUUUUAAAUUACUUUAUUGUAAUUCUAAAUUACUACAUUUUUAUUUAACCAAAUAGGAAUAAUUAUUUUGUUGCUUGUGUUUCCUUUCAAAAUUAACACAUUUAUAUCAAAAGUUUGAAUGAAAUGGCCUAGAAUAUUGAAUGUACAAUGUUUGAAGGUUCUUUUUUUAUGGAAAAUGUUAAAUAAAUGAAAUAUUAAUAUAUUUUUGGUUUAUAAAAUCGUCGUUGAUUCGUUAAGCAUACCUACUGUUAAUAAUGGUUGAUUUGAUGUAUAUAACUAAUAUAAAAUAUUAUUUCUUGUAUGGUGUAGAUUAUUUUACAUUGGUAAAAUUUUAGUACAUAUCAUUUAAUUGAGGUGCAAACUAUUUUGUAUAGUUAAUACAAUUUUAUUUUCAUUUUUGUUCAUGUUCAAAUAAAUAUCUUGUGUACACAG